GUCGCCUAAUAACGCCCACUGUUUUUGACCGCUAAAUCGGUAAAAAACCAUCUGGUCUAAAUUCAAACUUUAUUAUAACAUCCUUAAAAAUAAAUCAGUAUGUGACUGUUAUUAAAAUAUAUGCUAGUUAGUGCUUUAGCACUCCAUAGGUUAAAAACAGUGGGCGUUAUUGGGCGACAGUACCUUAUAAUUUGUUUUGUUUUCAGACCUCCUCAGCAUCAUGGCGCGUCACUCCUGGCGGGGGUCGGGGGCGCGGUGCCGUCGUACGCGCCCCCGGGCCGAGCAUUCUUCACGCCCCCACUACCGCCGGAGUAUAGAAACCCUUUCGCUGAUAAGCCGACACUCAGAGGCACUAAUACAGAUGGGAACAACUAUCUCAAUCGGCGACCCAUCCCGCCGCCGUCACUCGGGCCGGGCCACGAAAGAAUACCUAUCAGACCGCCUGGACAGGAGACGUCGUCACCUCAAGUGCCCGCCCCGCCUCCCGCGCCGCCCUUACCCCCUGCGGGCAUCGAACCACAGAAGAAAAAGGCACUCAACACACCAAGCCAUAAGCCUGAUGAGCUAGACAGUGAUAUCAAGCACACGGAGCAAGCAAACUUCACCGACUUCGUGCCGAAUUCUCUGAAUAUCCCGACCAUAUCCAGAAUCCUGAGCGGAUCCAACGGGCGCAAGGAAGACAUCCCCGACGUCCUCCUCAGAACUGUUACGGCGAAACCCCAGCACGGCCAAGAUAAAACGUCAAAAAGUGACACAUAUAUCACUAAAGACGCUGGCGUCACACUCAGUGACUCCAACCGGGAUGUUUCGACAGAAGGUUCUGUUUUAGCAGUUUUAGACCCAGAAAUGAAUAAUCUGGACAGACCUCUUAUUAUAGAUCAAAACGGUGAGACCAACACCAGGCGGAAUCUACAGUACGCGACCAAACAAGAGAAUGAGAGGAAAAAUGACAGCUACACUCCAGCUACAACCAUCGGAUUCGAGCUUAGAGAUCCUGAGAUGUCUACGGAGCGAUAUCACAAUUUAGCCAACGUCAAUUCCGACAAGAAAAUCCUCAAGCACGACCAAAAGAACAACGGUCCCGUCCAAAGACCGGGGGUGACUUGGCCGUUCGCAUGGUAUCUACACGUUUACUCCGCAAUGAUCAUGUUCACAAUCCUGGCGGUGUACUCUAUCUUCAAAAUCAUAUUCUACAAUAGGAUAACCCAUCUGUUCACGCAGUAUUACUUCAUAAUAUUACAUUUGAUCCUUGUCUUCGUGUGUCUGAUGAGAAUAUUUUACAUGUGUUAUGACCCUUACAAUGUUAACAAUUCGUUGCCAAUAUUCCUGAGCGAAAUACUGCUUCAUGUGCCAGAAAUCGUCUUGAGCAUUGCAUUCGCUUGCACGAUACUGUUCCUGUUAACGAACAGUAUAAACUUCAAGAACACGUGUUGUUCUUCACUGUUCCGUCCUCGGACGAUUAUAAUCGGCGGCGGUAUUCAUAUACUGUCGUGUUUAAUAUUGCAUAUCUUCGAGAAUAGUAAUACGAUAUAUAGAACACCCCAAGGGGUAGAAAAAAGGGUACUAGGUUUAACUUGUCAAAUUAUAUUUAUCGUAGCGUGUCUCAUAUUAGGGCUGUGCUAUCUUUAUGUGUAUAAGAAAUUAAAGUCUGUCCUGCAGAAAAAGAGUAAUACGUACCAAGUCGGUUUCCAAAACCUAUACCAAGCUAUACAUAUUAACUUGGCGACGGCUUUGCUGUUCGUUCUGAUGGCGGUACUCCAAAUAUACGGCAUAUUUGGUGUGAAUCACAUGAAUAUGACGAAAUUCGAUUGGCUCCAAUGGGGUUAUCAGUUCUCGUUGAGAUUAAUCGAGAUAAGCAUUGUCGCUCUCAUUUCAUGGGUGACGAGUCUGAAGUUGGUCACUUCUCUGCAGCACGAAAAAGCGGACGGUAAUAAAAUAUCCGGCUUAGGUUUAUUCCCUUGCACUAACGGCUCGAGCAACGACCAAUUUGAGUCUGACUAUCCUGCUAUUUGCGGUACAAAUACCAACCUUCAUACGUACACGUUAAGAACGGGCAAGCCAAUCUACGAAACAGCCGGACAUCCUAAUUUACCUGACCCUUGUUGCGUGCCAGUAGACCAUCCCAGGUUCUUGAACACACUAGCCGGAACUUGCGACAACAAUUCCGGCACGGAAAACUACUCCGGUCACAGUUCCAUCGCUAACGCUGGCCACAGCACUUCCACGGAAUCCAGCAACGCCACAUCCAGCCAAGGGGUGACAAACCAUUUAAUAAAACAUCACCCGAGCAUGGCCGGUUAUAACGGAAUAGAAUCGGCUUCAGACGAUCACUAUUCCAACUGCGAUCCAGCCAUACAGUCGUUACAUGGCGACGAUCCUUUGGAUCAUGAGUACAACGUUAUACAGUACGGCAGCAACAGCGAUUUCAUACGCGACAUAAAGAACCAGAACUACAACGGCGGAUCCAAUCGAAGUUCUCACAACUUCAAACACAUGUCAUACGACAGAGUAUCGUCUAGAACGAACAGCAAUCCUAGGAAGAAGCACCGAGCUAAGAAUAAGAACGUGCAGAACUGUAUGACAAUGGGCUACGACUCUAUGGGACACCACUACCAUCAGCCUCAUAUGCCUGAUGAAUACGGCAAUUUCAACGCUGAAAAUGCGUCUUACCACGCGUCUGGUAUUCAAACUUUGAAUCCUAAUAGAGGUUACGGGGAUCAGAUAAGGGGUUCGCAGCGUCGUAACUCCCCUUCCACGUCCAUGGUCAAUUCUAGCGGAAGUCAAAAGAGAGGGAAGAAUAACCCGUUCCCCGAUAGACCGAAGUCUACCGACCUUUACGGGUUCUCAGAGGAUCCUAAAGAGAGGAAUUACCCUUGCGCUGUAGCUCCACAACCGGCGCCUAGAAACUGUAGUUAUGAAGCUUCAUACUCGCAGCCUCAAGACGAAAUCCACCCUAAUGACAGCGAAGGGAACAGUAUGUUGGUAGCUCAAGAUGGUUUCGUCAGAUUUCGCCCUCUAGAAGAUGGCGCAUCGCAAACUUGAUUCACCAUCACGCUGUCGCGCGCGACAGAGGACCUUGACUUCUGAUCUUUAAGGCCGAAAUCGCUUUGACGAUUUCCGAAGCAUUCUAUACGUAAUUACUCGUAUGCUUAUUGACGAUAACCGUCUCAAAUGUAUAUUUUUAACUGUAUAGUUAUCAUAAGGCAGCGAUAUUUAAGCUAUUGUUAAUGUAAAUAGCCAUUUUUAAUUUUUAAGUACCCCCUUGUAUAUUUAAACUAUCGUCCUAUGUCAGAAUAUGUCGAUAAGUAACUUUAGUUAAUAAAUGGUAUAUUAUUAUCAUAACGAAAAAUAUUCAGUUUAUUAAAUGUUGAAUAAUAAAUAGACAUUUGACACUAUAUUGUUAAUAUAAUCUGGUAUGUGGAGAAUUCGUGUUUCUAUAUUUAUUAUCUAGCUGUCGAGUAAAGGGUUAAUUGAAAGUAAAGAGUUAAUUAUUUAAAACUGAAUCGUUCAGUUUUAAAUAAUUAAUUGGUCAGCUUUAUUCACACAUUUUUUUUAGAUAUCAAAAAAGUAUUAGCAAUUUUUCACAGACCAAUUUGUUUUUCAUUACUUUUAUAUACUUAAUAUAAAAAACUAUAUUAUACAUAAAUUUAAAUUUGCGAGUCAUUAUUUAGCCCUUUAUUAUCACUAGCUAGUAUUGAUAAAAUAAAAACGACCAUAAGUAUUAGAUAAUAUUACAACUAAAAUGUAAUUCUAUUACGUCACGUCAUGACAAUUUCAAACAUAACAUUUAAAAAAUGGCGGUGCGGUGCAGAUUAUAUGAAAAUUAUCAUAAGUGCCUACCGUCGUAAAUAUUGAGUAUAGUUUCAGUGUACAAUCAAGAUGACCAAGCAAUAAAAAGAGAAGUGAAAUAUGGAAUGUCUACAAUUUUAAAAACGACGACUAGUUGGUGUAUUUAAAGAAACUUGACAUACUCAACAGCCAUAUUCAUAUUGGACCUCUAAUUUGAAUAAAUCGAUUGUUCUAAUAAUUUUUGACACAAUUUGAACAUCUUGAUUGCGCAUUUGACGGUAAGUGUACAAAUUAUAUGUACCACAAAUAAAAAUAAACCAUAUCCAUUUUAUUUAUAGUUAAUAAUGUUUUAAACUAUGUGAUAAUAAGCAUUAAUGAUUUUGUUUGAAACAAAUCUGUCCAUAAUUAAGAUUAAUAAUUUAAUUCACAGGCCAUUAUGCUAAUUAUGUAAUGAUAAUUAUUAAUAUUUUUUUUUAAAUUUCAAUGUUAUUGUGCCACAAUUAUUUAAUUUAUAGAUGUUAGUGUUUCAGUUUGAUUUCUCUUUUUUAUGGUAACACCAAACAAUAAAAAGAAUAUGGCAUAGGAAAAUAAUAUCAAUGUUUUAUGUAAGCUGAGGAAAGUUUUGACGAAAUAUAAGUAAUAUUAAUCUAAUAUCAUAAAAAAUAUAUAAUUAUGCAAAAUAAUUGUGAUUAAUUUUACAUAACUGGUGUCCUUUAUGUUACCACAUUAGAUAUUUCUAACGUAAGUAACUUGGUUCAAAUGAAAAUAUAAAAAAAAACUGACGUCUAUUUUGUGCCAAUGGAGUCGAUAUCAUCCUGCCAUACAUUGAAAACAUUUUUUUAUAAACAGAUAACCUAAUUAUUAGAAUAUAUAAAGUUAAUGUUUAACAUAUAUGUUUAUUAUAUAUGAAAUAUCGCAAAAUAAAUGUUGGCACUGCUCUAGAUAGGUAAUGAAAAUAAUUGUAAAAAUUAGAUGAUAUUAAAAAACUAUUGUAUAUGAGCGUCAAGAAUAUUCGUAUCAACAAUGGUAUUGUGUUGGUUUGAAUAAGUUUUAGAUUUGCUUGGAUAUCAAUAAUUCCUAUGUAAAUAACAUCCAUAAUAAAAUUUUACUUGAAAUACCAACUAAAUUAUCUUUUAGUUGUGUAAAUAAAUAGGUUACUGAAGUGUAGCCGAAUUGUCAAGAAUUCUGAUUUCGUUGUAAAUUAUAUACAUAUAUAUAUUUUUUUCAUUUUGAAAAUAUUUCUAAGACUGUACUUUAUCAUUUAACUGGAAUGAUAAGUAACAUUUACUAUGUAAAAUAAAUAAAAAUCAAUUAAAAAAGUGUUGCGUUUUAUUUAUUGAAUAGAAACAAAAAAUUAGCCAGUCUUCAAUUAUUUUAUUAAAUGUCAUAAUUUAUUUUAUUUGUACAAAAAUAUACAAUAUAUUAUAUUUAUUAAAAUAACUAAAAUAGAAAUUUUUACAAACUACAACCAAGUAUAAUAUACUCGAAAAGAUUUUGUUAUAUUCGAAAUCAAGUAUAUGCUACAAAACUACUUUAUACACUUAAAAAAUCGUAUAAUUCAUUGAAGCCUACAAAAUUCACAAUUUUAAAUAUCUUAAAACAUGUUUAUUGUAACCGGUACAAUAGUCUAUUUUAUUUACAUAGUCAACCUUUCAAAAUAAAAGUACUUCGAAAUUAAUACUUACCUUAAAAAAGAUAUAAUUAUCUAAAACAAAAUCUAAAUAUCGACAAAUAAUAAUUUGGAUCCAUUUUUGGGUUAUAACGCCUGUAAGGUAUUUUUAUCAGUAAAUACCUUGCAAUAGAUACAAUUUAAAAUAACCGUUAACUAUAUAAGAAAAUUAACUGUUUUAAUAUAUAAACAAAAAGUUGAUAUUUAUUUAUAAUUAUCUAUCUCUGGAAGGAGGUUGGAGUAAAGUUAUUUGAUGUAGUAUAAUAAGUAACAAUUAAGAUCAGAAUAGCUUGUGUUAAUUUUUAAUUUUGAGAAAGCCUAAAAAGAUGCCUCUGAAUACGAUAUAAAAGCAAUACACAAACUUAAGAAAAAUAAAUCAGGUCACAAAAAUAUGCGACGUAAAGUUUUGGAUAGAUUUAUAGAGCUUAAAAUAAUUUAAAAAAAAACUAACUAACUAACUAAUUAAGGCAUAUUUUGCCAUAUGAUGGUGAGUUAACUUCAGUCUUAUUAUAAUCAUUAACAAAGUAAAUUUGACAUUUCUAUAAGAAACCCUCAAUGCUAUGUAAUAAUAAAAUAUCAAAUACCUAGCCUCUUCUUAGCGGAGAACUGUUCGCCGAGCAUCUUCAUGACUUCAGCGUGCUUUCUACCAUUCUUUAAUGUACCAUAAUUCUCUUUCACGUAUAAUGCAAAUUCGUUGGUCUCUCCUUUGCGCGCGGGUGUCGAAACAACGGCACCAUCUUUAGUUUUCUUAUUGAGUGUAAGUUCGAAGGUACCACGGCAAUAACCGCAGCAUUUCUUUGUGAUGUCAAUCGAUUUGGAAUGGCGUUGAAUGCUAACACAAUAAAAUACUAUAUUAAACCAAAGCUUUCAUAAAAAUAUAAACAUUAGAAAACAAUAAAAUAUGUUACUAAAAAGUAUUCAGUUUCAUUUCUGCUGGUUUUCAAAAGAUGGCGCUAGUAUUCUAACGCCAUCUUGUAAGUGUGUAUAGUAACAUAGUCUUCGUCUUUCCGUUAACAAUGUUAGCGUG